AUGCAUUUUGUUAUCCGCACAAAGCGGUACGUCGGCAGUGGAGCCGAUGGGCAGGGACCUGGCCGUGACGGAUCAGGCGGCGGGCUGGGCGAAGGGGCCCAGGGCAGCGGCAACAACAGCACUGGCAAUACUCGCCCGAUUAGCUCGCCGGCGGGUUCGGGGGGGCCGGCACCUGGGGCCAGCAGCAGCAGCAGUAGCGGCGGCGGCGGCGGCGGCGACAGCCGCGGCAACGAGAACGGCACCGGCAACAGGACUCGAGCCCGGGGAGAUGACCCUCGACCCCGCAGCUGGGGCGCAGCGAAUGUACGCAACGAGACGGAGUUUGACGACCGGAAGAGCCCUCGCAAGGUUGCCUUCCUAGGUAAAUCCGCCAACGUCAGAGUCUACCCCAACUACUCGGACACCAGCGCGUUCCUACAGCUCCGUUUUGGCAAGAUCUUGGAGCUGGACGGUUCCGGACAGCCCGUACCGAACCACCAGAUCGCCUCCUUGGCGGACGCCAGCGAUGCCGUCACCUUCGCCGCCGGCAACCGUACAAUCGGCAACGUCAACGUCAGCUUCGUCAAUGUGACGUUGCGGCCGCUUGCGCGCCAGGAGUUCAGGGCGGCAUGCGGCGGCGGUGGGGGUGGAGGUGGCGGUGCGGGUGGGGAUAAUCGGCCGUCGGCGCCGCCGGCACCGCCUGCGGACAUGGAGCCCCGCGUUGCCGUGGAGCUGCUCUUUGGCCUGGACGACGUGUUGACAGUGCCGUACGGCGGUACGAACUUGACGGUUCCGCGCAACGGCCUUAAGUGGACGAUCUCGUACUCCAACUGGCCUUUCUGCAACGUAACCAACACGCUGUCCGUCUCCCUGGACCUGCUGCUGCCCGCUAACGCCACCUCGGAAGUGUCCACCACAGGGGGUAUCACCAAUCUCGUCCUGAGACUGGGCCACGACUACAACGCCUCACUUUCCUUCCUGGACUACGCUCUGGAUGGCCCCAACGGCGCCACGAAGCUGCCGGCCAAUGUAACGGUCUCCCAGCUACUGCCCAAUCUUAACAGGUCAGACACGGCCGAAGGUGAUGGGGGCAGCGGCGGCGGCGGCGGCGGCAACGUCGUGACGGUGCGCACGGUACUGCCGAAUCCCAAGGCUUCCGGCGGCGGUGCCGCCGCCGCCGUGUGGUACGACCCCACCUCCGCCACCACGUCGGUGUACCUGGACUCGACGGAUCCGGGUAAUGGCUUCGUCGCCGUCGGGACGAGUGGCGGCAGUGGUACGACGGGAGGCGGCGGCGGCGGCGCAGCGGCAGGGUUGCGUGUGACGGUGUGGGCGGCGCUGGCGGCUGUCUUACUGAGCGCGUUUCUGAUGCACUGA